UUUUCACAUAUAUAUCAAAGAUAGCUUAAAAUUACACCCAAAGAAAUCGGAAACUUGAGAGAAACAACCACAUCAUCAGCUAGCAUGUCUAAUUGGUCUGCUGAAAAUGCCAAGAGAGCUUAUCUCCAAUCACUCAAAAUGGCCAAAAGAGGUAAAGAACCUGAUGUAGCUGAGUUCAUAUCUGCUCUAGCAGCUGGCAAUAAUGCACAACUCAUGGUGGUGGCCGGAGCCAGCAUGGCCGGCUCAGAUGAGCCGGUCACACUUGCUCUGGCCGCAGCCGCUCACCAAACCGGUGGCCGUGUGGUGUGCAUUUCUUGUGGCCAAGUUGAGUCACAUGCAUCAAGAAAAUCCCUAGGACUUUAUGGAGAUUGUGUGGAGUUUGUUGUGGGAGAUGUGAAAAGCCUUCUGCAAGGAGAUUACAAAGGAGCUGAUUUUGUGCUUGUGGAUUGUGACAUCACUAAUACAAGGGAUGUUUUUCAAGCUGCAUUUAAAGGGGCCAACAAAGAUGGGGCACUUGUGGUUGGAUAUAAUGUCAAGCAUAGGGCAUCAAGGUGGAGACAACUAAGAGCAUCGUUUUUACCUAUUGGAGAAGGGUUGUUGGUGGCCAAAAUAGAUCCCAAUGUGAAGGGUGAUGAUAGGGUUGUCAAAAGGAAGAGUCGUUGGAUUGUUCAAGUAGAUAAUUGCACCGGAGAGGAACAUAUUUUUAGGGUCACCACUCCUCAUAGGAAAGUGCAAAUCGAAGUUUAAGGCUAUAAGUUGAUGGGUUUGUUUCGACUUUUAAAUAAUGAGAUGAUUCAAGUACACAUAGGUUUUCAUAUGAUCUGAAGGAUACUUCUAAGGAAUGUAAAAUAAAACAGGUGCUAUUUUCUGUUAAUUGUCUUUCUGUUUGUUUCGGUGUAUAUUUGUAUAAAACAUUUGCCUGUUAAUUUUUAUCACAGGCAAACUUGAAUGUAAAAUUGGAAAACAAAAAUUUGGUUUAACAUUGUCUUCAGUUAUCAAUUGUUGUGAUUAUCUUUCAUGAGCAUGGAAAUUAGUCC